GAGGCAUUCGAUAGGGCUUUAGACACUUGUCUCGCUUAUGCUGUUCGUCUAGCUCAUGCGGAAUGGCCACUGGCGUGCAUGCAUAUCCAGGGUUUCGUCGGAGCACUGCAGAUGAGAACCUACCAGUGGGGUGUAUUCCGGUUCGGUGUGCAUGAAAAUUGGACUGCAAAAAUGAUUCGGACUCGACGGGUGGUUCGCUUGCUAAUGUAUAUUUUAAUGUAUAUUACCAGCGGGCCGGCUAGUUCGUCACCGGUAUAGGAAGAAGAUAACAAUA